UGCCUCGGCCUGUACUCUGUGCUCUGCACGCACUUGCGUGCAACCUAGCGCAGCAAACCACCGCCCCCGCAGCACAGCAGCUGAGCGACGCACGACCAGGGGCUAGCAGAGUUCAUCUUGUCCAGGAAUGCCAGAGGCGGCAGUGAAGGCAACAACAUUGGGCGCAGCCUGGAACAACCGCGCCAGUGACGGGUAUCGUUGGCCAUGUUGGGGGGCUUGCUGAUAGCUCUUCUUCUGGGCUUGUUGGUACCUGUGUCGGCCCAAGUCGAUCAAACGAAGCAGAUCGCAUGGAUAUGCUUCGCGGUGUUUAUCGUGGUGUUUAUUGCGGGUUCGGUCUACGUGCGACACCGGAGAACAGUGCGGGCCCGCCGGGGUCCUUCAAGUACUGAUGACGCAGUAGCCCCGGUUAGCGCAUGGGGAAAGGCUGCCCCCCCCAAAGAGAACGGAAAAGGCGGCUUCGGCCAAUGUGUGGCAGCCGGUGCAUGGGAGCGAGACGCAUAAGCCUCGUCAUUUUGCUAACUUCCUCUCAAACAUGGGGGGCCACGACGCAUGGUUGACGACCAACUUCUUCUAUUUGUUUCUUGCAUGACCCCUUUUUCAUGACACUGCUGUGCUCUCAUGAGCCCACUUCGGAGGGAAUCCGUGGAUUCCUCAAGAUAUAGUUGUUCACCCGAUUGCAUAUAUUUAUGUUGUCUUCGUUGCUGUUGCUGUUGUUGUUCCUUGUUACUCCACUGUCUGUUCCGCGUGCACUUUGGUCACUCUGUAGGAGUAUAACUAGCGGGUGCCUCUGCCCGCAGCUAUGGGUAAAAUUCUCCUCACUCUCUUGGUAGAAAAAGCCGUAGGACCUUGUUGUUACGCCUGCCUUGGAAGGCUGUUGUACGCCUCCGUACCUGCGUGCACCCUUGCCUGGCCACGUGCUUUUUCCGGUUACUUGGUGGUCACGUUUCUGUGACAUUUUUGUCGGCCUUCGAUUCGGCGGCACGCGGGCGUGUUUCGGUGGUUCGCACGGAAUGAAUGACAGACGUGUUGAAGGUCGGCAAGGGGCCUCUAGAAUUGACGCACAGGUGCAUGUCCGUUAUUUUUCGCCACGGCGGUUGCGGUGAGCUAGCUUACGGAUUUCAGGAGAUGGGCUAGUUUUUGACCACAAUUUUGUUUACCUCGGCGACCACAUGUAUGUGUUGUUUCGUGCUGGCAUCUCAUAUAUCAUGAUUUCAUCACAUCAUGAGAGACUGUAGGGCAUGGGGCGUGCGGCAGCCAAUGAGUACAUACGUCCCCCCCUACGUCGUCCUUUUCCCUGCCUGUUGCCUGUUUCCCCUACGGAUGGCGCCAGCAUGUUGUUAUUUCUAGGUGUUUCGCACAUUCUUAUUCGAACAAGCAUCCGCCUCAAUGGGGCAAAUGAGCGGUUAUUGUUCUUACUACGCCGAGGGCCCCAUACCGCGGAGACGGGUCUCUCUUUCC